UUGGAUGCUGAAUUCCCUCGUUGGACGUUGACAAACCAAGAGCUCUUCAACUGUCCGCUUCUCCCUGGAACGGCAAAACCCCCCCUCCCCCAAAAAAAAAAAAAAAUUAAACAUUCGAUCGUAUUCUGACUGGCAGUUUUUGUUUCGAAUUUUCAACCCGAAAAUAGUUGGUCAAAUUUGGUCGGAUUGAAGUUAAAACCAAACCAAACAGAACCGAAAACAAAGCGAGUGAUUUGUCCAGUGUUUGUGUCAUGAGUAGUGCCGAGUCGCCGACCAACCGGAUGCCUCCGCAAUCGUUGGCAUCUCUUCCGCCGCUCAAUUUCUCCUUCAAAACGGAGUCGGGUAGCAGCAGCGCAGCAGCAAUGGCCGCCAUGUCAUCGUCGGCCGCAUCCGCACCUUCGGCCGUCGUUUCAUCGUCGGCUUUGGCCAUCCCGACGCAUCCGCACGGUCUGCCGCAGCAGCAAACGAACAACCCAGCAGCGCUGGAUCAGUACCGCAUCCAGUUGUACAACUACGCCAUGGCGGAGCGGUUGCGUUUCGCCGGCGUCACGCAUCCAGCCGCCGCCUUCAUGAACCCCUACGCCGCCGCCGCUCUGUCGGCCCAGUUGGGACGCAGCGCAGCAACGAAUUCCGGCCAAAACGGCACUCCAUCCGUCCCUGCGCCCUCAUCCGAUUUGAGUUCGUUUUUCUUCACGUACGCGGCAGCCAAAUUCCAGCAGCAACAACAACAGCAACAACAGCAGCAGCAGCAGCAGCAGCAACAGCAUUGCGACCCUCGUUUGUUCCAUCAUCAUUCGGCCGCAGCGGCCAUGAUGCGCGCAGGACAUGCAGGCGUGGUGAACAUGGUGGAAGAGCCUAAACCCCAGCACAGUUACAUCGGACUGAUCGCCAUGGCCAUCCUCGGCUCUCCGGAAAAGAAAUUAGUCCUCAGCGACAUCUACCAGUACAUCCUGGACAAUUACGCGUACUUCCGAUCGCGCGGGCCCGGCUGGCGCAACAGCAUCCGUCACAAUUUGUCGCUGAACGAUUGUUUCAUUAAAGCCGGCAGGAGCGCCAAUGGCAAAGGUCAUUACUGGGCCAUCCAUCCGGCCAACAUCGACGAUUUCACUAAAGGCGACUUCCGGAGGCGCAAAGCUCAGCGCAAAGUGCGCAAGCACAUGGGCCUGGCCGUCGAUGAAGAAGACUCGCCGACCCCGCCUCCGUCGCCCGUUACGGCCCAUCACAUGGCCGCUUCUUUGGCCGCCGGAUGGGGACUUGGUCAUCACCACCACCACCACCACUCCGUUGAGGGUCUGGGUGGAAUGCAUCCGCAGCAUCAGCGGAAUUUAAUGAUGGAGCAUCAUCAUUCGGUCUUGAUGAUGGCCGCGGCGGCGGCCGCUUCGGCCGCCCCCAUUCCGCACAUGACGUCGCUAUCUCCGUCGGCUUCGUCGGAUGAUGGCCAGGCCACCCAUCGGCAGUCGCAUCCGUCGGCCAUUGGGGGCUCUUCCGCUCCGCGGAAGCGUUUGUUCGACGUGGCCAGUUUAUUGGGACCGAGCGACCCGCAACCGGCGCUCAGUGGCGGACGCGACGAGCAGUGCGCUCUGCAACGUCGACACGAGCGGGACGAAGAGGACGAACGCAGUUCGGCAGCCGGAAGCAGCCACGACGAAGAGGAGGCUGAACGAGUCAACGAGAACAAGCGCAUCAAGAUCGAACUGGACGAGGAUGUGGACGUGGUCAGCGAAGACUCGGAAGAGGACGACCACCUGCGCCGUUUGGGUUCGACCAGUCCGCCGCAAAAUCACAACCUGUCCGGCGAGGAUGUCGAUCCGGCCAAAUCGUUGGCCUCUAGUCCGGCCGUUCCUUCAUCUCCGAUCGGUGCGCCAGCGGCCGCGGCCGCCGGAUUUUGGCGCUUCCAUCAACCGGCCGCUGCCGGUGGAACGGCCUCGCUCCGGCUUCCCAUUCCGGCCCAUCGGCUGAUCAACAACAACGCUCACCCGUUCAAUCAUCAGCAGGCCUACUUCCACCAACAGCCAAUGUCCACUCCGCACAACCAUUCGCUUCCUUCCGGCAUGGAACAAUUGACCAAAUAUUACGAGCAAGUGGCCGAAGUGAUGCGCAUCAAUUGCUUGCAGCAGCAGCAGCAACAACAACAACAGCAACAACAACAAUUGCAACGCAAUCUCGAUCAGGUGGCUGCAGCAGCUAAUGGAACGAAGAACGCCACCGGCGUUGCCCCGUUAAUUGCUAAACAUUGAGAGAUGAAUGAGAUGAUUUUGUUUUAUCAUAUUUUCGAUUGAUUGUAAAUCGAUGUUGUGUUCUCUUUAAAUAUAUCUCUUCUGUUCUUUU